UGCAGCUCAUCAUCGAUUUUGCACGUUUGACAGAUAUUGGCAUCGUCUUUAUUCCAAUAGUAGUGUUAUAUCCAUUCAAACAUGCUGCUGUACGCAGCUGGGGUUGGCCUUUCGUGUCGUCCCUUCUGAACUUUUCUAUGGUUGUGAGUGGUUCUCUUAAUGGGUUCGAGCGGAGACCGGUUUGAUGGGGGGCAGUAAGGAAUGGGGCAGAGUCCGACGUAUCUGAAUUGGGAGCUUAUUUCGUCUAGUUUUGUCAAAGAGCACCAAACAAGAUGGCUUCUCGGCAUCCCAUUAGCAACGUCUCCGUCGGCGGUGACGCCGGGGAGCUGCAGUCACCAAAGGCUCACUCCUCAGGUGAGGAAAGCACAGGCAAGAGCAGCAGCACCAGGCAGGGCAAUAGCAGUGCUCCUGCCGCCCCUAUGGGACAAUCCUCCUCUUUUUCAACUGUUACCUCUCCGGCACAGACGACUACAUCCGCUGAUAGCACUUCUCACUUCCGUAAGAGACCUCGUAUAGAGGGCAACCUUGGCUGUGUUUUCGCGGAUUGCGAGCCGGACAUGUGGGAAUAUCGUUUUCAGCGUCCUCGUCCGCCGAAGUCGGAACUGAUACGGACCUGGGACGGCCACCCCGAAUUCCGGAAGCAAUUUGAAGACUUGGUCGACCUUGGUAUUCAGAGAUAUCUUCGCCUGGAAGCUCUUGAACCCAACCAUCUGGCAAGAUUUGCUCUCUGGGCAUGGGGAUUGAAUGUGGCAUAUGCAAUGGAAGGACAGGAUAUGCCUGAGGGGGAAUUUUUUGAGGCGCAAACAGCUGCAAUUGAUUUGGGCAAGAGUUUUCGAGACGAGACGCGGCUCUGCCAGCGUAUUAUUUUCAAAUAUGAUUUUGAUUUCGACUUCGUUUCAGGCGAGCAGGCACUCAUUCGUUAUCAAAAACUUGGACCUGAACGGAUGACGCUCACGCCUAUACUUUCAAAGUACAUGGCAAAGAAGGCAAAGCAAGAUGAGAAGGCACGGAAAAAGGUGAAACGAAAUGAUGACAAGGGAGAAUGUAAGGGCCAGUUAUGAGGAGCUGAGGCGGUCAAUAAUGUUACCCGCAGGUCCUCUGCCUGUGGAAGUGACCCUCAUCCUUCCCCGCCUUUCUUUUAAAAUUUGCUUUUCAAUGUACCUGCAGCAAGUGUCCAGUUGAACAUCCCCAUUUGAGGGUAGAGCUCAGAUGUGUACUAGGGGGGAUAAGGGCGCCGUUUGCCUGUAGUUGUGAGGUCGUGAAUAGGUUAGCUAAUUACUAGGGUAAUCCCAGCGUGUUGGGUGUGGGAGAUAUGUAUUGUAGUAAGAUCGCCCACUAAUCCCAAUCAUCAUCAUCCUCGUCCUCC